AUGCUUGCUUCGCCAACUUCACCUUCAAAUACACAAACAAAAAUUUUAUUGAUAAAUCCAAAUAGUUCAUCCUCCAUGACAUCCACUGCAAUGAAAGCUCUCAUCGGCUUAGAAAAUUUUUCUUCCAAUCAAGUGGAUCAAUUCACUGCUUCCUCAGUUGCACCCUCUGAAAUUACAUCGUUUACAACUGAAGUUAUAUCCGCUGCUGCAUGUAUUCACAAUCUCAUUCCUCUUCUUGAACAAUAUGAUGGUUUCCUUGUUGCAUGUUUUUCUGAACAUCCUCUCGUUGAAAUGUUGCGAGAACAUACCGAUAAACCGGUAGUGGGUAUAAUGGAAGCUAGUCUUGUGCAUGCAACUUUCUUAGGACAUCGAUUUGGAAUUUUGACAACGAAUAAAGAAUGGGAACCAUUGCUUGCUAAAAGCAUUCAUCAUUUGGCACUUGAUCAUCGAUGUGGAGGAAUUAAAGCAACAAAUAUAUCUCCUGCUAGUUUGGAAUGCGUUGGACAAGAUAUUGUGAAUGCCGCUAUGAGUGAAGCUAUCAGAGAACUUGUUGAGAAGAAUGGUUGUGAUGUUAUGAUCUUGGGCUGUGCAGGAAUGAGUGGCUUGGAGAGCAUCGUGGAACAGAUUGUUAUGAACAUAGGGUCGAAGGUAGCAGUAGUUGACGCCGUAGUUGCUGGAUAUGAAAUUUUGUUAGGAUUGGUGGCUGUGCAAAAGCGAGGACGGCGGCAGAUUUUGUGA